AACGUUCACGUAAUCCACCUAAGUGUGUUACUUUGUUGUUUCAGACAAUCUGUUGUUUGUUUCUCUUCUCAGCUUUCCUUAAAAUCUCUCAAUCUCUUUGAUUUCUUCUCUUCAAAUUUCACAACGCAACACUACCCUUUACAAUCCCAUUUCUUGUUUUUAUCAUCUCUAUAGUUUCAAUUCUUGUUCCAUUGAGAUCGAAAGGAAUCACCAGUCAAAGCUGACCGGAAAUGGCAGUGGCUUUUCCUGCCGGAAUUGUCAUCGCUGCCUUACUUUUGCCUGUUUCACUGGUUUUUUCUUCUUUUCCGGCUACUCUUACUCUUGAGAGAGGGAUUCCUCCCAGUCAUAGGCUUGAGUUGAAUCAGCUCAGAAUGCGAGAUGGCUUUAGACAUCGUAGAAUACUGCAGUCUGCUGGUGGAGUCGUCGAUUUCCCUGUUCAGGGAACCUUCAAUCCCUUCCUUGUUGGGCUUUAUUACACAAAAGUGCAACUGGGUUCUCCUCCAAAAGAUUUCUAUGUACAAAUAGAUACUGGGAGUGAUGUUCUGUGGGUCAGUUGCAGCUCCUGCAAUGGUUGCCCUGUUACAAGUGGACUCCAAAUUCCACUCAAUUUCUUUGAUCCUGGAAGCUCAUCAACAGCUUCAUUGGUCUCUUGUUCAGACCAACGAUGCACCGUUGGAAUUCAAUCAUCGGAUUCUCUCUGUGCUUCUCAAAGCAAUCAAUGCGGGUACACUUUCCAGUAUGGGGAUGGCAGUGGUACAUCAGGCUAUUAUGUAGCUGAUUUAUUGCACUUUGAUACAGUUCUUGGUGGAUCUGUGACCAAUAAUUCUUCCGCUUCAGUUGUUUUCGGGUGUAGCACAUUACAGACUGGGGACUUGACAAAGUCUGAAAGAGCAAUUGAUGGGAUAUUUGGUUUUGGGCAACAGGAGAUGUCAGCCAUCUCCCAGCUGGCUUCACAGGGGAUAACACCAAAGGUGUUCUCUCAUUGCUUGAAAGGAGAUGAUGCAGGUGGUGGUAUUCUUGUUCUUGGAGAAAUUGUGGAGCCAAAUAUUGUUUAUACUCCACUUGUCCCAUCACAGCCCCAUUACAAUUUAAAUCUACAGAGCAUUUCUGUCAAUGGUCAAACUUUAGCCAUUGAUCCGUCAGUUUUUGUGACGUCAAGCAAUCAGGGAACUAUAGUUGAUUCUGGAACAACCUUGGCAUACCUUGCUGAAGCAGCUUAUGAUCCUUUUGUCAAUGCUAUUACUUCUAUUGCUUCGCAAAAUGCGCGCACAUAUCUUUCCAAGGGAAAUCAGUGUUACUUAGUCACCACAAGUAUUAAUGACGUAUUUCCUAAAGUUAGUUUCAACUUUGGUGGCGCUGCAUCCAUGAUCUUAAAUCCUCAGGACUACCUUCUACAGCAAAAUUCUGUUGGUGGAGCUGCAGUCUGGUGCAUUGGCUUUCAAAAAACUCCAGGUCAAGAAAUCACUAUCUUAGGAGAUCUUGUUCUGAAAGACAAAAUCUUUGUUUAUGAUAUUGCUAAUCAACGGCUUGGAUGGACUAAUUAUGAUUGUUCAAUGUCUGUAAAUGUCUCUACAACUACAAAUACUGGCAAAAGUGAGUUUGUCGAUGCGGGCCAGAUCAGCAACAACAGUUCACCAAAGAACGUGCCUCAGAAGCUUAUACUAAUAACCCUUCUGCAGGUGUUUAUACUUGGAAUUGGAGGUCACCUGUUUUUAUAGCAUACCUUGAACAACAAUCCUUUCUUUGUAAUGCUCUUGCUGGUUUUUAUUUAUAGCAACUGGCAGAGACGUGCAGUUCUUUCUGGUGUGCAAUAGCUUGUGGGUCUUUCUUAAGAAUUUCUUUUUUUUUUUUUUUCAUCAGCCAUGUAUACUGAGACUUUCAUCUAUUGGGAGUCUGGUGUAGUGGGAGCUUUGUAAAUUACAUACAGGAUCAGUGAUGUAAUGGUAAAAUUAAUUUAUAGAAAUUUCUCAGUUUUGUUA